AUGGCUUCGUAUGCUGCUCGUCUAAGACUGACGUACCCUUUCAAACCCCCUUCGACAUCCAUAGACCAUAUAGUCAUUGGAGGAGGUGUCGUCGGUCUCAGCGUGGCGGCGGGUUUGGUCAACGUGUGUGGGAAAGACCGAACGACGUUUGUUAUUGAGCGACGUGAUCAGGUGGGUGGUGUGACUCAUUCUCGGAAUUCCGAAGUGAUUCAUUCUGGUAUUUAUUAUCCUGAAGGUACUUUGAAAUCAAGGUUAUGUAUUAGAGGUAGGGAGAUGAUGUAUGAAAGAUGUAGAAAACUCGGUAUUGAUCAUCGUAAAACACAAAAAUUAUUAGUAGCAACAGAUUCAUCUCAAAUUUCUUAUUUGACAAAAAUAAAAGAACGUAUGACCCAACCUUCUUUCCUUCGUUCAUCCGAGAAAACACACGAAUCAACUUCAGUAUGUCCCGUUCAACCACUUACAGGUGAUCAAGCACGUGAACUCGAACCUGAUUUAUCUUCUCAAGUAGUAUCAGCUCUUUUGAUACCUGAAACGGGUAUAGUAGAUUCUCAAGCUUUAGUAGAUUCUUUAGCUAGAGAAAUUGAAGAACCGGAAUAUCUUUAUUCUUCCAAUGCUGAAGAAAUAGCAGUAGGAGUUGAUGUUACUGGUGAAAGAAGAAGAAGAGAACCAGGUGAAGGUGUUAUAAUGUUAGGUACUAGAGUAAUUAGGAUAGAUAAAGAUUUUAAAGAAGAUGGUUGGAUAGUACAGAUGGAAACUGGUUGGGAAGGUUUAAAAGAUGGUGAAAAAGGACAAGUUGAAAGUGUUAAAACUAAUGUUAUUGUAAAUGCUGCUGGAUUAGGUGCUGUGAGUUUGAUGGAGGGUUUAGUCCCGACUGAGGAAAUGAAAGAGAUGUGGUUAGUUAAAGGAAAUUACAUGUCUUAUAAAGGUCCAGGAGUGGAGAAUAUAUCUAGACUUAUUUAUCCUUGUCCAGGUAAUAGUGUAGAUCAUCUCGGUACACAUCUGACAAUCGACUUAUCAGGUAAUAUAAAAUUCGGUCCCGACGUCCAACCGAUAGGUCCAAAUUCAAAAUACCAAACCAACCCUGAUUUCUGGCAAUCUCACUUAACACCCACAGUCUCAGCUGAAACAUUCGCCAAAUCCGUUCAAAGUUAUUUACCCAACAUUGAUCCUUCUCGUCUCACACCGGAUUACGUUGGGUUCAGACCGAAUCUAGUUGCUCCAGGACAAGGUUUUAGUGAUUUUCAUAUCGUUCAUUCCAAAGAUAGAAAAGGUUUGAUCGAAUUGUUAGGUUUCAAUUCACCUGGUUUGACUAGUUCUUUAGCUACUGGUGAAUAUGUGGGUGAGAUGGUUAGAAGGGAGGUUUAUGGGUUGAAAGGGUUGGAUUGGGGUGGGUUGGGAUAUGGGUGGAGAUGA